AUGGAUGAUGCAACACCAAAUGUACAGUCAAGAAAUGUAGACAAAACCAUCACCUACGAUAACAGUCAUCCUUAUCAUCUGAAUAAUUCUGAUUCACCUGGAAUGGCUUUAAUCAACAAUGUGUUUGAUGGCAAAGGAUAUCCAGGUUGGAGGAUAUCUAUUCUCCUAGCCUUAUCAGCCAAGAGAAAACUUGGAUUCAUCAAUGGAGCUUGUAAGGCUCCAGAUCUGAAAUCUGAAGAAUAUGAACAAUGGAGUUGUGUUAAUGAUAUGAUUAUUUGUUGGAUCUCAAAUGCACUAACAAAGGAAAUUGCAGAUAGUGUAAUGAGUUCUAAAACAGCAAAGGAACUUUGGGACAGCCUAGAGCAAAGGUUUGGCAAGUCAAAUGGAGCCAAACUCUAUCAUUUGCAAAAGGAAUUAUCGGGACUUGUUCAAGGAAAUAAUGACAUUGCUAGGUAUUUUACCAAACUGAAAAGAAUAUGGGAUGAACUAGAUGCACUCGAUGUUGUCAUAUGUUGUUUAUGUGUGUGUGUGUGUCAAGGAAAAGCCAAACUAAUGAAGUCUUUAGAGGACCAAAGAUUGAUACAAUUUUUGAUGGGGUUAAACGAUAUAUACACACAGGCAAGAGGAAACAUUCUCAUGAUGAACCCAUUACCCAUUAUGGAUCUAGCAUACUCUUUGCUUUUACAAGAUGAAAAUCAAAGAGAAGCAUAUGUCAAUGCUAGCCACACUACUGAAUCUGCCUCGUUCAUGGUGACUUCACAAGGCAGAAAUUAUCAGAGAAAUGAGAAUCAAAACUUUAAAGCAUCAAAUCAACCACAGCAAAGGUUUGGCAACUACACACCAAGGAACAACAAAAAUUUUUCAAAGUAUAAACCUAGGAAAAACAAAUACAACCCAAAUGUGAGCUGCACAUACUGUGGGAGGACAAGUCAUACAGAGGAUGAUUGUCACAGGCUUUAUGGUUUUCCUGAGGAUUUUGAAUUCACAAAGGCUAAACCCUAA